AUGUACCAUCCUGCCUGCUGGAUCGUCUUCACGGCCACAACUGCCCUGCUCUUCAUCCCAGGUAUCCCCACACGGGCUGGUGAGCGUGCGACCGCUCCGCCAAAGUUGGACAGGCACACAUCCAGGCAGGGGCAGCAAGCGUUACUGAGGUGUACCGUGGAUGACAGGGUCACGCGGGUAGCGUGGUUGAACCGCAGCACCAUCCUGUACGCCGGCAAUGACAAGUGGUCUAUAGACAACCGGGUGGUCAUCCUCUCCAACACCAAGACCCAGUACAGCAUCAAGAUACACAACGUGGACGUCUACGAUGAGGGGCCCUACACUUGCUCCGUGCAGACAGACAAUCACCCCAAGACUUCACGUGUCCAUCUCAUCGUGCAAGUCCCCCCCCAGAUUGUGAACAUCUCGUCGGACAUUACGGUGAACGAGGGAAGCAGCGUGACCCUCAUGUGCCUGGCCUUCGGGAGGCCGGAGCCCACCGUCACGUGGCGGCACCUCUCCGGGAAAGGACAGGGCUUCGUGAGCGAGGAUGAGUACCUGGAGAUCACGGGCAUCACGCGGGAGCAGUCUGGAGAGUACGAGUGCAGCGCCGUCAAUGAUGUGGCCGUGCCGGACGUGCGGAAAGUCAAAGUCACCGUGAACUACCCGCCGUACAUCUCGAACGCCAAGAACACGGGUGCCUCAGUGGGCCAGAAGGGCAUCCUGCAGUGCGAGGCCUCGGCCGUCCCCGUGGCAGAGUUUCAGUGGUUCAAGGAGGACACCAGGUUAGCGAACGGGCUGGAGGGUGUGCGGAUCGAGAGCAAGGGCCGCCUGUCGACGCUGACCUUCUUCAACGUCUCGGAGAAGGACUACGGCAACUACACGUGCGUGGCCACGAACAAGCUGGGCAACACCAACGCCAGCAUCAUCUUGUACGUGCACGUGCACAAGAUUGGAGCGGCGAGGUCCCAUGGAGAGGAUGUGUCCGAGGAUGAGAUCGACAUCGCCCCAAGCGGGCACGCACAGCCGGGUGGUGGUGGGCAGCAGGCACGGCGUUCGCGGGCUCACGGGUGUUUAGGGGAGCGCGGCAGAGCCGGCAAGUGUGCGGCCAUUUGGCUUUGCGGAGCCGAGGCCGUGGGCAGAGAAGAGGCUCCCGGCGAGCUGCAGGCGUCGCUGGAGCCAGGGCUGAGGAGGGGGCCCGCGCCAGGUGAGCACGCGCUUCGGUUGCACGGUGCAGGGUUUUCCUGGGUGUUGUGCUGGCAGGACUACCGGCAGUUGCAGGGCGGGUGA